GGAACCAUGACGCUUGAACCCACGCCCUAAGAAUGUAAUUUCAAUGUACAUAAUGUUUAAGCGCUAUACGAAUUCUCGUUUCGCCCAUAGCUCAUUCGGUCAUUGAACAUUGUUAUUGUUCGCUUCAAAUACUACACCCUUUCCCGCUGUUCACAUAGGUCGCCGUCACCAGACCGUAGCAAGUUUUUUUUAUUUUUAUUAUUCAUGAAUUAUAUUUUUUGUUGCCGAUCUGUUGGAGUGAAAAAAGAACAUGGAGUCGCUUUAAAGUCUUGUAUAUGUAUUUUCGUUGUGGCUCUGUCUUCGUAACUGGAACUUUGUUAUCAUGGCAGGUCAGUGUCCGGUGUUGGCGGUGCCCCCCAACCCCGUGUUCAUCUCUCUGAACAACAUGAACAUGACGCUCGUUAGCACGUUCAAACGGACAGUGGGGACGAAGGUCACUUUCACGUGUCACGUGCCUCAGUACUACAAACUUCAGGGGGCGCCAGUCCUCACGUGUCUUCAGAACAGCCAAUGGGACCACCCGGCCCCGACCUGUGUGUCCACGAUUGCCACGACGACAGUCACGUCUACGGCGACGACCAGUUCGGUGAUCCCGGAGGACGAAGACGUGACGAUGUUACCGUUCAUAAUCGCCGCCGUCCUCAUGGCGGCUGCGCUCAUCCUGACGGCCAUAACGCUGCUCAUCGUGUUGCUAUGGAAAUGGAAACGACGCGUCGAUAACAAACAUAGGGAGAAACACCAGAACAGAAACAAUGGGAACUUACCGACUGCUUCACGACUAAGCAACGGACUUUAUUACCAACCUGAUAUGCUCGUGGCCUACCCGUAUGUUGUACAGCCCCCAAUGGUCGAGGAAUAUCCGUAUGGAACUAUAUGGUACUCUUCUCCGCCUCCGUAUGAGGAUGUGACCGCUGUAUGAGUUAUUCGGUCUUAUUCGGAACACUUCGGCAUAUUACGGAUUAAUGAAGCGAGUUCAGGAGUUCAAGCGCCCGAGGUUGUUUGCUAAACUGAUUUAUACAUCUAGAACGUUAAAUGAACGUCAUAUAACAGGAUACGAAGAAUAUGUUAGCAUAUUUAGGAGACCAGGGCCCAUAUUUUCGAAGUAAUCUUAGCAUUACGAAAUCGUGAAACCACCGUAGGCUGUGACGUCACUAUAGCACAUGCCAUAGUGACGUCACAGAUUACGACGAUUUUACUAUUUCGUAGGCUAAGAUUGCUUCGAAAAUAUGGGCCCAGGGCUCCGUUUUACGAAGUAAUCUUAGCGCUAAGAUCACCUUAAGUCUACAACUAUCGUAUCCACUUAAAGUGAUCGUAUCGUAAAACGGGGCCCAUGGCCCGUGCUUAUAAAACUUAAAGUCGAGACUUUAACGUAAUUCUAUUUGAAUGGCGUUGCCAUGACGUUAAAGUGUGGACUUUAUUAAAGUCUAGACUUUAAGGCUUAUAAGCAUGGGGCCAUGUCUACGUUCAGCGAGUGAACGACGCUAACGUUCACGAACGAUUUGAUUGGUUCCCGAUGUAGACCGAGUACUCUGCCGUUCGAGAGCAAGACAGUUAUUCGAACAAUUAUAAUGCUAUCCUUUUAACUGUCCAAAUAUGCGCCCUGCUCUCUUAUGGUCAGAGUACACGGGCUAGGUUCAGUUUAAAGUAAUGCUCAAAAAUAAUUUUUUGGUGCAGCACCCAUUUUCAUUGGAGACUAAAGACGACACCAUACGAUACGAGUGCUUAGCAACGAUUGAAAUCAUACUAUUGUCUCAUCACAAUCUAUUAUCAUGGCUAUGCUCGUACAAGUCGUAACGUGUGGCGCCGCCGAAAGGACUAGCUCUCCAAUCAAUGGGCAAUACCUGGGCCGUAGCUAGGAGUGUGUGUGUGUAUGUGUGUGUGUGUGUGGGGGGGGGGGUAUGAAUUCUUGGAACGAACGAGCAUGGAAGGUGCAAGAAACUAUGGGUCUGGGGGCAUUACCCCCAUAACAUUUUUAAAUCUAGGCUCUGAAAUAUCAUUUUGCAGCCAUUUCAUGGAGGUUACAUAUUUCAAAUGUCACCGACAAGGUGGUCAAUAUCAAUAACCAGUAAAACAAUGAGCGGGGGCAACUAUCCCCUUGCCCCCCCCCCCCUCCCCCCCAGCUACGACCCUGCACAGAUAACACACAUGCGCUUGUUCACGUAUACUUCGACUAAAAUAAUUGCUGGUGCAGUAAAACAGUAUUGUAGGGACUUCUCCUGGCCUACAACAAGCGUGUUUGAACCUUCAGUGGAUUUAACCACAAGUCAGAUGGUUGACUGGUCAUACAAUAAGAACACUUUUUCUUAUUUUUGGGAGGUACCUUUACAUAUUUAUUGGGAGGGGGGAAUCCGACACCCUGGAAGAGUUUAGGUCUAUGCAUUAUCUAGUGACAUAGAGGAGCAUUUCGUUCAUAUCAUUCAUACCAUUAAAUGUACUUAAUAAUUUAAUAAGUAAUGAUUUUUAAUAUAAAUGCCAUUUAUACAUAUAGUAGCAUAAGGGUACGUGAAAUUGGGGGCGUGGGUGCUGGAGCACAAACUCAAAUUCGGGCAAAAAUGAAACAUAUUCGGGAAACAAAUGCUAACCUGAGACCUUUUUACUAUGUAUUUCUGUCAUCUACCCUCAAAAUUAGUUGUAAUCAAUGUAAAAAUGUGUAGCGAUUCGUUUUAAACGCAAUAAUAGAUGUUUGGCAGUAACGCUAAUAUGAAUAAAUGUUGCUAUCAAGAUUCGGUAAUUUUCGAUUAAUUCGGGCAGAAAUAGGAGCCUGUACGCCUAUGUGUAGUAGUAUGUCGUAUAUACCGUAGAGCAUGUAAACAUAUACCUAUACUACGCUAUGUAAAUAAGACUAUAUAAACAGACAUGAAUCAGAAUUUCUGCACGUUUUAAAAUACGGCUAUUUGGUGUCUAAACGUUUCAUUAUUUCAACACUUGAUAAACUAGGUGGUAGGAGAGGUGGAGACAGAAAGAGGGGGCAUUUUAUAUGCUAUUCGUUUUUGAGAAUCGGGGUGGGGGUAUCAGAAAUAUAGAGUUGUGGAUAUUCAGAAGUUAUUUUAAUCUAAUUAAACGGUUUUGUGAUUAAAUGUUAUGAAGACAUUAACUUUGUACUGAAUUUGGGUACAACAUUUAUCACUUAUUAUAAUUAAGUAAACUGAUUGUAAAUAUGUUAUUUUUAUAUGAUAAUGUUAAUGUUGUAGUUGUAACACCAUUUACACGUGUUACAUUGUAUGUAUGUCAAUGAUAUAUCACUCUCAAUGUAUAUAUAUGCAUAUUUUGUUAUAUUGUUACAAGUUCUGUAAUAAAUACAUUAACUCAGA